GCAGAGCAGAGCAGAGCAGAGCAGAGCAGAGCCACUCACUAUGACUUGUGUCAGCAGCUCUGUUCCAGGCAGGGAGCGAUUUUGGAUCCCCGCACAUCCACCCGGCCCUGCCAGAAUGGUUGAGCCCAGCCCUUCAGCUCUGCACCUCCUUUCUGGUGGGGAUGUACGUAUGGCGGACAUCGGCGUCAAAGUGGAACAGGAGGAAUGCGGCGGAGACGGCGGAGCCAAAACCAACUCGGAGCACCCCAGGACUCUGCACGACUGGUCAGCAAAUCAGCCUCUAGAGACGCGCCAGCUGACCCCCCCACUGUCACGCUCCCCUUCAGAGGGCUCUCCAGGAAAGGAGCCGCCUCACAAGCAAAGCCCCAUGGGAGUGAAGGAAGCCGGGAUUCACGAGCGAUCAGAGGGGCCAGCCAAAAUUAAGGAAGUAAUGCCGACUAUCGAGAAGCUGCUGAACGCCGACUGGAAGGAGAAACUUCUGGAUAAAAGCUCAGUGGGCGCAGGACAACUAAAAGGCACCCCGGAGUCUCUGGCGGAGAAGGAGCUGCAGCUGCUGAUGAUGAUCAACCAGCUGAGCGGCCUCAGGGAGCAGCUGCUGGGGGCCCACUCAGAGCAGAGGAACAUGGCCGCCCUGCUGCUGGAGAAGCAGCAGCAGCAGAUGGAGCUGGCCCGGCAGCAGCAGGAGCAGAUCGCCAAGCAGCAGCAGCAGCUGAUCCAGCAGCAGCAUAAGAUCAACCUGCUUCAGCAGCAGAUCCAGCAGGUGAACAUGCCCUACGUGAUGAUCCCGGCUUUCCACCCCAACACCCAGACCCUCCCCGUCUCCUCAGAUCCCCCGAUGACAUUGCCUCUGCAGCCCAUCCCCUGCAAGCCGACAGUCGACUAUCCCAUGCAGCUGCUCCCAAACAGCCACCACACGCCCAUCAAGAGGAGCAGCAGCUCCUUCCGCCAGGAGGCGAGCCAGCCGCUGAACCUGACCUCCAAGCCCAAGGGGAUGGAGCUGGGGAAGACGUCCAGCCCUCUGAGCCUGGAGCUGGGAUCAGUGGGAUCCAUGCAGGGCGCCUACAGACCCAGAGAGGUGUCCCGCAGCCCGCCGCGGCCCGCCCUCAAUUUCCUAGGAGACGGCGACGUGGUCACCCAGGCCAUCCAUGAUGCCCAGCAGCUCUUGAGGAGUCACAGCAACGGAGGGAGAGACAGGGACAGAGAGAGAGACGGUUCUGGAAAAAUGGAUUAUAAAGGUUCUCCUCGUGCGGAAAAAAUAAGUCGCUGUGAGCGCAGUGAAGAGAGGCACGGUGAGGAGCACCUCAGCAGUGACUCUGAGGGGGCCCUGCCCGUCUCUGUUCCCGGCAGCUACUCUGAGACCCGGCCCACUUCCUCUACCGGCCACAUAAAGAGACCCAUGAACGCCUUCAUGGUGUGGGCCAAGGACGAGCGCAGGAGGAUCCUCCAGGCUUUCCCAGACAUGCACAACUCCUCCAUCAGCAAGAUCCUAGGCUCCAGGUGGAAGUCCAUGUCCAACCAGGAGAAGCAGCCGUACUAUGAGGAGCAGGCGAGGCUGAGCAGGCAGCACCUGGAGCGUUACCCCGACUACAAGUACAAGCCCCGACCCAAACGGACCUGCAUUGUGGAGGGCCGAAGGCUGAGGGUGGGCGAGUACAAAGCCAUGAUGAAGAGCCGCAGGCAGGAGCAGAGGGCCACCUACACACACAGCCAAUCAGAGCCGCAGCAGAUCCAGUACUCCCAGAGCGACCAGUACUCGGCUGGCGGCUCCAUCUCCGUCCCAGGCUUACCGUUUCACCCGGCGCUGCUGGAGCGCUACCUGCCGCAGGGCCCGCCCCCCGCCCGCAGGUCCGAGGACCGGGCCACGCCCACCCCGCUGCCCAGGGACAGGGAGAGAGAGAGAGAGAGAGAGCGACUGCCCUACAGCGAAGGAGAAGAAAGCGACGUGGGAGAGAGGAGUGAGGGGGAACUGGUGCUGCUCACAGACUGAUCUGGUCGGGCCCGGUGGGCCUCUGGGGGCCCGGUGUGUCUGGUGGGCCGGCAGAACAAGGAGACGGAGAGGAAGACGAACAGAACUUCAGCUUCAG